CAGUCACGAGGUCGUGUCUACAAGAGAGAGAUUCAGACUUGGGGAAGCUGAGCCGGAUUGCUUUCCGUGUGUUUGUGUGUCUAAAACAGAUAGGCAGGGAGAGAGGACUGGGAAGGCGGGGCAGGUGGAUUUGAGCGUCCAGCCCCGGACCAUGAACCAGUCUCCCCGGCGCUUGUUGGAACAACCUUCCCUGUGACCAUGGCAGUGGCUGAACUGUACACCAAGUUCAAUAGUGUUUGGAUUCCUGACCCUGAUGAAGUCUGGUGCCCGGCAGAGAUCGUCAAGGACUAUCAGAGGGGAUCUGAUGUACUACUCCUGCAGCUGGAAAAUGGCACAGAGCUGAAAUAUCCGGUGGAUCCGGUGAAGUCACUGUUGCCGCCUCUGCGGAACCCGGACAUCCUGGUGGGUGAGAAUGACCUCACGGCGCUCAGUUACCUCCACGAGCCCGCAGUUCUACACAACCUCAAGGUCCGCUUCGUGGAUUCCAAACUCAUCUACACUUACUGUGGUAUCAUACUUGUGGCUAUUAAUCCAUACAAACAGCUACCCAUCUAUGGGGAUGUCAUCAUCCAUGCCUACUGUGGGCAGAACAUGGGCGAUAUGGAUCCUCAUAUCUUUGCCGUGGCGGAGGAAGCGUACAAGCAAAUGGCCAGGAAGAAUCGGAACCAGUCUAUCAUCGUGAGCGGAGAGUCCGGUGCUGGCAAGACUGUAUCUGCCCGAUAUGCCAUGAGAUAUUUUGCCACUGUCAGCAAAUCCAGCAGCAAGGAUUGUGUCGAAGAUAAAGUCCUUGCGUCCAAUCCUAUAACGGAGGCCAUUGGAAAUGCAAAGACAACACGUAAUGACAACAGCAGCCGCUUCGGUAAAUAUACCGAGAUCAGCUUCGAUAACCGAUAUCGCAUCAUCGGCGCUAACAUGAGAACGUACCUGCUGGAAAAGUCCCGCGUGGUCUUUCAGACAGAAAAUGAGAGGAAUUAUCAUAUAUUCUACCAACUCUGUGCAUCUGCUGACAGAAAGGAGUUCGAGCAUCUAAAAUUAGAUGUUGCAGAAAACUUCAGUUACGUGAGCAAGGGUGGAAACGCUGUCAUUGACGGCGUCAACGACCAGACUGAUUUCAUUGAAACUCAAAAAACUUUUUCGCUGCUGGGUCUGAACAAAGACUUUCAAAUGGAUGUCUUCAAAGUAUUGGCAGGAAUUCUUCACUUGGGAAAUGUACAAAUUAGAUCUUUGAGUGAAGAAAAAUCUGAAGUCAAACGCGACGAUCAUCAUCUUCGAGUGUUUAGUGAACUUCUUGAGCUGAAGGUGGAGGAGAUGGCUUACGGACUCUGCCACCGAAAGAUUGCUACCGGCUCGGACACUGUGAUCAAACCCAUGACCAAAGUUCAAGCAGUCAACGCCAGGGAUGCAUUGGCCAAGCACAUCUACUCCAAGCUCUUCAGCUGCAUCGUGGAGCACAUCAACAAGGCUCUGCAGUUUUCCGGAAAGCAACACACCUUCAUUGGUGUAUUGGACAUUUAUGGGUUUGAAACCUUUGACAUGAAUAGUUUUGAACAGUUCUGUAUAAAUUAUGCCAAUGAAAAACUGCAACAGCAAUUUAAUUUGCAUGUGUUUAAACUGGAACAAGAUGAAUACAUGAAGGAGGACAUCCCAUGGACAUUGAUAGAGUUCAACGAUAACCAGCCGUGCAUUGACUUGAUAGAGGCUAAGAUGGGCAUAUUGGAGUUGCUCGAUGAGGAAUGUCUGCUGCCGCAGGGAACUGAGGACAAUUGGCUUCAGAAACUACAGAAUAACUACUUGAACAAGAACCCUCUCUUUGAGAAGCCCAGAAUGAUGAGGAAGGCUUUCAUCAUCCAGCACUUUGCUGACAAGGUGCAAUAUGAAUGUGAAGGAUUCCUGGAGAAAAACAGAGAUACGUUGUAUGAAGAACUGAUCAAUGUACUGAAGAAAAGUAAGAUCCAUCUACUGGCUAAUUUCUUCCGAGACAAUGAAUCGUCCACGGGGAACCUAAAUGCGAACAUUAAAGUCCGUGCGGCAAGAGCAGGCUUCAAAUCCUUUAACAAGCAACACAGGACCACGGUCGGCAGUAAGUUUCGUAGUUCUCUGCAUCUGCUGAUGGAGACCCUCAAUGCCACAACCCCUCACUACGUACGAUGUAUUAAGCCAAAUGAUUUGAAGCUCCCAUUUGAAUAUGAUUGCAAGAGAGUGGUCCAGCAGCUGAGAGCGUGCGGCGUGCUGGAGACGAUUCGGAUCAGCGCACAAAGUUAUCCUUCCAGAUGGACAUACUUUGAGUUCUUCGGCCGUUACCGUAUUUUGAUGUCGCAACACGAUUUGGCAAUAAACGACAAAAAACAGAUUUGCAAAGAGGUCUUGCAACGUUUAAUCCAGGAUCCAAACCAAUUUCACUUUGGUAAAACCAAGAUUUUCUUCCGAGCAGGGCAAGUGGCCUAUUUGGAAAAACUCCGCGCAGACAGGCUUAGGGCAGCAUCAAUCACCAUUCAGAAAAAUUAUCGCUGCUGGAUUCAACGAAAAAAGUUCCUCACACUCAAACGAGCUGCUAUUAUCCUACAGCAGUAUGUUCGAGGCGAGCGUACCAUACGGCGCAUGUUGACGGCCACAACCCUGAAGCAAGCGUGGGCAGUCGUCAUCAUCCAGAAGCAUUGGCGCCGCUUCUUGGUACGGCGGCGUUACCAGCUCAUCGUGGGGGCCAUCGUAGUGAUCCAGUCCCACACGCGCGGCUGGCUGGCCCGGAGACACUACCAGAAGAUGGUGAAAGACCAGAAAGCAUUAAUAAUUCAAAAGCAUGUCCGCGCUUGGCUGGUGAGACGCAGGUACCAAAGUAUACGGCGUUUUGUCUUGAACAUCCAACUCACGUUUCGUGUGAAACAACUCCACAGGAAACUGGACGAGCAGGGCAAAGAGAACAAAGGCUUGCUGGAACGCUUGACUUCCCUGUCUACGCUUCACUCGAGCGAAGCGGGUAAAUUUCACAAAGUUGAGGAAGAGUUGAAGAAAUCAAUGACGCAAAAGAAAUUCAUCGAAGAUCAAAUGAAGAAAAGCAAGUCACAGACAGAGCAGGUAUUGUCGGAGCUUCGAAAGGAAACUUUAUCACUGCGGGGCCAAAAUGAGAAGUUGAAGAAGCAACACCAAGGUCAGACCCAAGAAAUGAAAGACAAAGUGGAUCAAAUUACACAGACGCACCUUGACAAUUUGGAAAGGGAAGAACGUCAAAGAAGGAAAUCGGAGAACAAUUUUCAGAUCCAGAAGGAGGACUACGAGAAUCAAAUUGAAGCGCUGAACGAUGAAGUGAAGCAUCUCCGAGAGGAACGAGUGCAACUGCAGGAGCAGGUCCACGAGGAAUAUUUAACAAACGAGGAUCUACGGAAGGAACUGGCAGAACUGACUAACGAAGCGCUGAUAAUCCCAAAACUGAAAGGGGAUAUCACAACACUUGAACUGAAGAAACAAGGUCUGGAAAUGUGCUUGCAAAAUCAAAGGAAAGAAAUGAGAGAAAAAGUGGAAGAGAUCACGCAGCAACUCCUCGGUGGCCUUGAGGGUGAAGAGUUACGAAAGAGGCUUUGUCCGGAGGACAUGGAGCAGCUGAAUGAAGACGGAGAACUCUGGAUGGCCUAUGAAGGAUUGAAAAGGGCAAGCAGAGUGAUGGAGAUGCAUAUACAGUCGCAGAAGGAGAACUACGAGAAGGAAAUCGAAGACCUCAGUUUCAAGAUUGGACAUCUCUGUGAGCAGACCACCCAGCUACAGCAGAGGCUGCAAGAAGAAAAUCACGCCAAUGAGAACGUUCGGCUGGAGAUGACAAGACUGGCCAAUGACAACAUGGUUAUUCCCGAACUCAAACUGCAGAUCCUAGAGCUCCACAAAGAGAGACAAGACAUUGAGAGCCACCUGAAGGGGCAGGUUGUGAAAAUGAAAGAGAAAAUGGACGAAGUUACUGAUCAUUUGCAAGGCAGUCUUGAAGAUGAAGGCGCCCAAAGAAGAUUGUUAGAGUCUGAGAAAGAUAACUGUGCAAAGGAGAAUGUGGAGUUGGUUUCAAAAUUCAGACAACUUCAGAAUGAGAAUUACCAGCUGCUGAACCGUACAAAAACUGAUAGCACAAUCAGCAGCAAGAUGCAGAAGGAAACAUCGCAGUUAACCAUGGAGAACUCGGAUCUUGAGGAACAACUUGAGCAGAAGGAUAGGCAAAUAAAAAAGUUACAGAAUCAGAUCAAGUCGUUGACCAAAACAGCUGAUAAAGUUAAUCCGACCAAUGUGAACGCCAGUCUGGUUUCGAGGAAGGAGUAUCUCGGAAUGCUGGAAUGUAAAACAGAAGACGAAGAGAAACUCAUUAAAAAUCUAAUUUUGGGGCUGAAGCCGCAGGGUGUGGUGGUGAACAUGAUCCCAGGGCUGCCCGCGUACGUUCUCUUCAUGUGUGUGCGCUACGCGGAUGACAGUAACGAUGCAGACAUGUUGAAAUCCCUGAUGAACUCCAUCAUCGGUGGCAUCAAAGACAUCACCAAGAAUCACAAUGAAGAUUUUGAAAUGCUGUCUUUCUGGCUUUCAAACAGUGUGCACUUUCUGAACUGUCUCAAGCAGUACAGUGGAGAGGAGGAAUUUAUGAAACACAACUCUCCUCAGCAAAACGAUCAGUGCCUGAAAAACUUUGACCUGUCUGAGUACAGGCAGAUUCUGAGCGACUUGGCUAUCCACAUCUACCAGCAAGUGAUCAAGGUGAUGGAAGAUAAUCUCCAGCCACUGAUCGUGCCAGGAAUGCUGGAACACGAGAGCCUCCAGGGCAUCUCCAGCAUGAAGCCGACCGGGCUGAGAAAACGCUCAUCGAGUUUCCUGGACGAAUCGGAGCAGUACACCAUCUCGUCCAUCCUGCAGCAACUCAGUUACAUCUUUAGCACCAUGUGCCAGCACGGCACAGACACCGACCUCAUCCGCCAGGCCAUCAAACAACUCUUCUUCCAGAUCGGAGCCAUCACCAUCAACAACCUCCUCCUACGCAAGGACAUGUGCUCUUGCAGGAAGGGAAUGCAGAUAAGAUGCAACAUAAGUUAUUUGGAAGAGUGGCUGAAAGAAAAGAGUAUGCAGACCAGCAAUGCAAAAGACACACUGGAGUUGCUGUCUCAGGCAGCCUGGCUGCUUCAGGUCAACAAGACCACGGAUGACGACGUCAAAGAAAUCUGCAAUAGGUGUUCCUCCCUCUCAGCUGUACAGAUUGUAAAGAUCCUGAACUCCUACACACCAAUAGACGACUUUGAGAAACGCGUGGCUCCAUCCUUCGUAAAGAAGGUCCAAUCACAACUCAACCGUCGGGAAGAUGGCUCUACGCUAAUAAUUGAUACCAAGUACCAUUUUCAAGUGACCUUCCCAUUCAAUCCAUCUUCACAGGCACUGGAGACAAUCCAAAUACCCAGCAGUUUAAAACUAAACUUCCUCACGAGGAUCUGAAGGGUGUAAAUGUGUAGAAUAUCUCUGUACCUUGAAUUGAAUUGUGUACUUUAUUGUCACAGUGAAUGUCUUUACUUGCGUACCCAAGGUAUGCCAAUAGCCGCCACAUAAAGGGCACUGACAAAGUUA